UUGACUUCGAAGUAACCAAAAGAGAAGGACGACCAGCUUACCAAAACGGGAGCCGCUGGACUGGUUCGUUGGAUGUCAUGCCCUGGUCUGUGUGCCACCGCCAAGACGCCUGCAAAUAACCCCCGGUCCCGAUGUGGACCCCGUCGUGGUAAGGAGGUCAACCGCAGGCGGAUCACCGAAGCCCGACACUUCGGGACAUCAACGGAAACUACCGAGCAUCAACUUGUCCAUACCAGCCAAAUCGAUCUACAAACCCAGUAAUCACCCUCACCACCCAACCCUCCCAUCACCGCCGUCGCGCGCUCCCAUUUCUCUUCUCUCCCCCAUCCUCCCCUCAACCCGGCGCGCGGCCCGGCCGGCCCAAACCCGAAAAUGGUCGUCUACUCCUUCUACAUCUUCGACCGGCACACGGAAUGCAUCUACUCCAAAUCCUGGCUCCCCCCCCCCGCCGCCUCCUCCACCGACAUCCUCCCCCCUACCCACUCCCACCCCCAACAACCACCACAACAACCACCACAACAACCCACCUCCAGCAUCCUCACUCAAAAACAAUCCUCCGACAACGCCAAACUAAUCUUUGGUACCGUCUUCUCCCUCCGAAACAUGGUCCGCAAACUCGGAGGCUCCGACGACGCCUUCAUCAGUUACCGAACCGCGCAGUACAAGCUCCACUAUUACGAGACAGCCUCCAAUCUGCGGUUCGUCAUGCUGACUGACGUGGCGACGCUGAGCAUGCGGAAUGUGCUGCAUCAGAUAUAUAUCAACCUGUGGGUGGAGUAUGUGGUGAAGAACCCGCUCAGUCCGGUGGAACACAAAGGGGGUGAGGGGGUGAGGAAUGAGCUUUUUGAGUUGGGGCUGGAUCAGUUUGUUAGGGGGUUGAUGUGAGGGUUCGGGAAAGGGAGAUGGGGGAGGAAUAUGGGAUUUAAGGUUGUGAAAGGCAAAGGAGAAGUGGGAUAAAAGCCGUGGUUGAGGGAAGAAUGAGAGGACGGCAUUGUCAAAGGGGGGAAAGAAAGGAUCAUCAAAACUACGGGUAUAGCGGAUGGAUGAUGAUGCUUUGGCUCGUUGGUGUUGGACAUCAAUUUAGAAUUGGGUCAGAGCCAAGGUCGAAAUGAAGGCAUGAUACCAACACCCAAAGGACACAUCACAGGCAAAGGUUAAUACAAGAAGAGCUACUUGAUGGUGGCAAGUAAUAAUAUUAAACAAGUCAAGCUGCUAGUUGCAGUGAAAGGGUCUAAAGGAAAUGAGUGGAAAUCAACACA